GGCUCCUCCCCUUCAGUCUUCUACAGGUGUACCGACUCCUCCCCUUCAGUCUUCCACAGGUGUACACCGGCUCCUCCCCUUCAGUCUUGCACAGGUGUACUGACUCCUCCCCUUCAGUCUUGCACAGGUGUACCGGCUCCUCCCCUUCAGUCUUGCACAGGUGUACCAGCUCCUCCCCUUCAGUCUUGCACAGGUGUUCCAGCUCCUCCCCUCCAGUCUUCCACAGCAUGCGCUGACCCCGCC